UCCAAGGAAGCGACUAAGGAAAUUAAGAUGGCAGGUCCUCUGGUAAAAGCAGCUGUCCUGCUUGGAGUAGUGUGUGGAGCUGUGGCUGAUAGAAGCUAUGCUUCCCGCGGUGGAAGCUUUGGAGGUGGAGCUGUUGGAGGCGGCAUCUCCGGAGGAGCAGGAGCUUUCGUAGGAGGAGGCAACUUUAUUGGAGGAGGAGGAGCAGGUGUUGGGGGAGGCAGCUUCAUCGGAGUAGGAGGAGGCCAUGGCGGCUUCGGCGGCGGCAGAGUUGAAGCAGGCCGCCUCGUUGGACACGGUGUGCUCCCUGCAGGCGGCGCCGGCUACUCCGGAGGUGCUGUCGGAGGUCACGGUGGAAGUGCUGGAGGUUUCAUCGGAGGUGGAAGCUCUUUCGGAGGCUCCGGUGUGGGAGGUUCCUUCGGAGGUGUCAGCUCAGUAGGAAGCUCUUUCGGAGGAUCUGGUGUUGGAGGUUCCUUCGGAGGCCCCGCUGGCGGAGUAUCUUCCGGACACGUUAGUGGAGGAUACGGCCGAUAACCGCAGUCUUUAAGAAUAGGGAAAGAAAUAACGUAUAAACGAAUAAAUAUCGUCCUAUGAUUUACUAAGUAUCAUUCCCCAUAUAUCCUAUUACUGAGUCUGUUUAAAGGAAUUCAUUUACAGAUAACACUACAGUUAAAUCAGUCUAUUACAAUACAAAACCUA